AUGGCCACCGCUUCUAACAGCGCUGGCACAAGCGGUGUCAAGACAAACGGGGCCAGUAUGCACAAAUAUGAUCGGGAUUUCACACAGGCCGUGAUCGACCUCAUGGGUCCCAGAACAGCCCCCAGAACCAGACAAGUCCUGGGCUCUCUCAUCCGCCACAUCCACGACUUCGCGCGUGAAGUCGAGCUCACCAACGACGAGUGGCUGAUGGGCGUAAACUUCAUCAACACCAUUGGCCAAAUCAGCACUCCAACAAGAAAUGAAGGACAUCGCAUUUGUGACGUCAUCGGGCUGGAAACCCUUGUCGACGAAAUCGCGCACAAACUCGUCCUAGAAUCCGGCGCCGAAUCCCCCACCUCCUCUUCCAUCCUCGGCCCCUUCUGGAGCCCGCACGCCCCCUUCCGCAAAAUAGGCGACACCAUCGUCCGCAGCCCGCACACAGGGCAAGUCUCCCUGAUGCGCGGCCGCAUCACUGACCUUGUCACAAAGCGUGGAAUCCCCAACGCAAUCUUCGACAUCUGGCAAGCCUCCUCGAACGGCAAAUACGACUUCCAGGACCCAGAGAACCAGGAGCCAAAUAACCUCCGCGGCAAGUUCCGCACAGACAACAACGGCUUCUACCACCUCUACAUCCUUCAUCCAACCGCCUACUCCCUACCUACCGAUGGGCCAGCAGGUGUCCUGCUGGAUCUGCUGGAUAGACACCCAUUCCGCCCAGCGCAUAUACAUCUCAUGAUUAGCCAUCCGGAGUAUAAAAGCGUUACGACGCAGAUUUUCCCGCGGGAUGAUCAGUAUCUCAGCAGCGAUACGGUGUUUGCGGUGAAGAAUGACCUGGUUGUGGACUUCAAGCCGCUCAAGGGUGAUCCGAAGGCUGAACUGGAGCUGGAGUACAAUAUCAGGCUUGCACCGAAUACUAUGAAGACAAUUUCUCAUCUGUAA